AGGUCAAAGUUGAAAACGAUAAGAAUACAUAUAUAUUGAGAACUCUUGUAAUUUUAUGAUGUGCUCGUCUCAUUUAACGUAAUCCAGCAAGAUGAAACACUUUGGAUCACUGUGCAUACUUCUCACUUUGAUUCAUUUCAGUACACAAAUUCCAAAAUAUGUGAAUUGUCCCGAAAAUAUGAAGAUUCGUCACACUUGUGAAUGUUGUGAAAUAACAUGUUUGUCAGCAACAGAAAUGACAGGGAAAGCAUGUCCUGUUGCCCCAGCUCCAUUCUGUGCUCCAGGAUACCAGAUAAAAUAUUUUGAAGAUAAAACAAAAGUGUAUCCAGACUGUUGCCCAUACGAGGAUUGCGUAUAAUGUGAAUAUAAAAUAAAGAAUAAAAAUCCAUAUAUAUCGAUAUUAUUGCAAAUAAAAAAGUUUAUGUAUCACAUAAAUGUACAAUAAAAAGUAAUAAUCUGA